CAGACGAUGUAACUUCUUUAAUGUCGUGAAUAAUUAAUGGAAUGUACAUAAAGUAAGACUCGACAAUAAUGUUUGUAAUUAAAAAACAAUUUAAUAAAAAAAUAUGGCAAUGUGGUGUAUCAAUAAUCAAAAAUCACAAGCAUCUAAAUAAGUGGUAUUGUUCAACUGUUAAUCAGGAUUUGUCCUACCGUUUUUAUCCUGGAGAAUUACCAAUAGUUGAUAUGACAAUAGGUCAGGCAAUAAAUACAGCAGUUGAACAAUGGCCUCAUCGAGAGUGUUUAGUAUCUGCUCAUCAGGGAGUGAGAUUAACGUAUGCUGAGGUGCUUCGUCGAGCUGACAAAUUGGCAGCAGGUUUGAAAAAGCUUGGUUUAAAAAAAGGUGAUCGUGUUGGACUUUGGGGUCCAAAUGACUAUGAAUGGAUGAUAUCAUUUGUUGCUAUUAGUCGUGCUGGUUUUAUUAUGGUUGGUAUUAAUCCUGCUUAUCAACAAAAAGAGUUAAACUAUUGUUUACAGAAGGUUGAAGUAAGCGCAGUUAUUGCUCCAGCUAAAUUUAGAACUCAAGACUAUGGACUGAUGCUACUCAAUGCCAAAAAUGAAUGUCUUUCCUUGCAGCAUAUCAUUUUGUGGUCGGAUGAUUAUGUAACAGGUACACGUCGUCUUUCAGACAUUGAAUCACUUGGCAGUAAAACAGAAGUCGAGGCAAUUGCUGCUACUCAAGAUGAAAUUUCACCUUACGAUGGAUGUAAUAUUCAAUUUACUUCUGGAACUACUGGAUAUCCUAAAGCUCCAUUAUUAUCUCACAGAUCGUUUGUGAAUAAUGGAAGACAAACAGCAAAGCGUGCUGGAUUACCUGCAAGUCAUCACAAAGUUUGUCUGAAUGUUCCGUUUUUUCAUGCUUUUGGUAUGAUACAUGGAUUCAUGGCUGGAGUUUAUUCAGGAUCAACUUUAGUUCUAGAGUCACCGACAUUUAAUCCGAAAAAUUCAAUAGAUACCAUCGCAAAGGAAAAAUGUUCAGUUGCUUAUGGUACUCCAACUAUGUGGGUCAACAUGCUAGAUGUACAAGAUCGUAUAAAAGCCCCAAUUGAUAGCCUCAAAUUGACUACAUCCGGAGGUGCGAAUGUCUCACCAAAUUUGUUGAAGGAAAUACGAAGGAUAUUCCACGUUGAAGCGGCUACGAUCGUAUAUGGAUUGACAGAAACAACUGCCAUGGUUUUUCAAACGAAGCCUGGAGAUCCACUUGAGUUGGCUGAUUUUACUGUUGGCCGGGUUCACGAUCAUGUUGAAGUUAUGGUAGUUGACGAAAAGGGGUCCAUAGUUCCUAUUGGUACACCAGGCGAACUUUUGAUACGAGGAUACGCAAUUAUGAAGGGAUAUUGGAAUGAUCCUGAAAGUACAUCGAAAACAAUAAAUAAAGACGGCUGGCUGAAAACAGGAGAUAAGUUUAUAUUGCAUGCGAAUGGAUAUGGGGAAGUCAUCGGAAGAUUAAAGGAUAUGAUCAUCCGCGGUGGAGAAAACAUUUUUCCGAAGGAAAUUGAAAGUUUCUUGGAAAGCCAUCCUAACAUCUUAGAGGCCCAUGUUUUUGGAGUAUCUGAUGAUGUUUACGGUGAAGAGGUUUGUGCAUCUAUUCGUCUCAAAGAAAAUUCACAAAUUACAGCGAACGACCUUAAAUCUUAUGCCAAAGGGAAGAUUGCUCACUUUAAGAUACCUCGAUACAUAGAGAUCGUUAAUGAAUUUCCAAAAACAACGAGUGGAAAAAUUCAAAAGUUUAAAUUAAAAGAACAAUUUGAAAGGAAUAAGUCUAAAUAAUGAUUAAUAGGAAAAAUUGCAUAAUAUUUAGGAAUUAUGAACGAAUUUUUA